AUGUGGAGGCUUCUCUUUGUUUGUUUCUGCCUGCCUGAAGGAGGCAAGGUCAGCAGGUGCGUUCUGCAGCGCCGUUAUCGGGCUACCCCUCCCUCCUCGUUUUAUUGCUCUCUUCCUCUUUCGCCGCGCUGGAACAGCCGUGUAGCAUUGAACUGCGAAAAGUCGGAACCCGAAUGCGAAGAGGCGGACGAAGUCGCAGUGCUGGGCUGCAUCGCCAUAUUUUCAAAGCGUCUGUGCGGAUUUCUUUUUCUUUUCUUUCCUUGCUGUCAAUCUUUUUGUUUACUACAUGAUGUGUGCCGUCUCUCUUCACUUCACUUCGCUUCUCUUAUUACUAUUCGUAUUGGUGUUGUUACGGUGUUUUCCUUUUCAUUUUCCCUGCCAUUUGCAGCUCUGUUUUCCUUUUUGGUUGAAAUACGUCCUGUAAGGUGCGAUUCACUACCGCAACCGGCGAAACGUUGGACACCAACGACGGAUACGAUAAAGGCAGCAGUAAAACAGAGAGUAAAAACUAAAAAGAACAGACGGCGAAGCACGGGGGAAAGGAAAAGCCUCCAGUUCGCACUUGCUUCGUUUUCCCUACCUUUGGUGUCGCAGGAGGAACUCCUCCGCCGCGUUGUGUGUGUGCGGAUGCCGGUGCGGCGGCGAGACGGGCACCGCCCGGGUGAGAGCGUCAUAAAAGGCAGGACAGCACGGCGGCGGCAUUGGGGCGCGGUGCAGGCGGCGCCCCGCACGCGCCAUCGUCUCCGCUCCGUACUGCUCGAAGCACGUUUCCCACGCCCGCUUCUUCUCUUUCGGUGA